AACGAGCGAGAACCCGAAGAUAUUCCGAGGUGUUCCGAGACGUAACGACGCUCUCGUCUGUCGCGCGUCGCGUCCAUUUUCCGAACACACGGAUCUCGAUGGGAGUGCGACGAAUACAAAUAAUGGAGUAUGCGUCUUUCGGUUGAUUCGCCCGCAGUAACUCGCGAUCCUCGCAUUCGGCAUACGUCACGGCGUUGCGAGUCGCACGUUUCGGUUUCCCGCUCGAUGAAAUGUUGUGCCUUACGUGUCUCUGACACCUCGUAUAUCCGAGUCGAGUCCAUGUGUUUGUUUGUUGUCGCCCGCGAACGAAGACGGAUAGGGAAGGACUUGCGAUAGUCUCGCACGAUAGCCCGCAAGCGGGAUUAAUCGACGAGACGACGCGGCGUCUUUGUGCAUCCGGUGACGUUUGCGUGAAAUAUCAUUUUCCGCUGUGAUGAAACUGUGACGCAUAUCACGCCGGUGUCGUGGAGUACCGUGGCCACAGCCAAAUGCCACGAAUGUUGUCAAGGGUUGAGGUUAGACACCCGCGGCAUUCCGAAUGUAGAAUCCUGUCUGAUGUCUUUAUCCCGCCUGCGUUGUCGAACAUUCAAGUCGAACGCUAAGCCAAACCCACCGCCGACUCCUGUCUCCGUGCCGAAGGAAUUACAACGUUACAACGCAGACUGCUGGGGGAAGCGUAGUUGUUGUACAAUCGUGGUGAUACAUUCCGGUGCUGCGUCUAUCCAUUGAUGUGUGUAUAUACCAUUUGUGUGUUAUGUUCCCAUCUCGGUGAAUAGGGAUUGUAGAAUCAUGGCAGAUCGAGAUUAUGAUAUGGGUUCUGCGACGGAAAUGAUGGUAAAUGAUUUUGAUGACGAACGAACAUUGGACGAGGAAGAAGCUUUAGAAGGUAGCGAGGAUUCUCACAACGAGUUGUCCAAUUUGCAAAAGGAAGGUGAUAUGCCACUGAAAGAUCUACUUGCCAUGUACGGAUACGGUGAUCCUUCGACGGAGAAUUCGAACAGUUCCGAUCACAUGUUGCUGCCCUCUGGAAGUGGCGAUCCUGAGACCGAGGAGCGUUACUCGGACAAAGGUGACAACGACGCGGACGACGAUGACGAUGACGACGAGGCUGAUGCAACCAGUAAUGAACCAGACCUAAAGCAAUUUUAUACAGAAAUGCUGGUAAAGGGGAAGGAUAAGACAUCGUCGUUGUCGGGAUCAACAACAAAAGGCAAUAGCGGUGUUGGAGUUGGCCGAGAUAGGAAACGUAGAAUUGACGAUGACGAGGAUGACGAUGAAGAUGCCGAAGCGGAGGAAUGUUCGAUAACGGGCAGUCGAAGUGGAAGUGGGAAAAAAACUAGAGCGUCACCUACAACGGGAAGUGCUAAUGCUGUUGCGUGUGGUGAUAUAGUCAAUUUAGGGGGAGCCAGUGCUACUGAUAGCGCUAUCGAAGAGAAUAGUACCAGUGGCGCAAUCGAUGGUCCGGAAGAUAGGAUAGUCAGUGCGGGAAUAAGCAGUGGCAGUUCGAGAUUGUUACGAAGUGUUUCGAGGCCGCAGAGUGAAGAAGAAGAAGACGACUGUGAUUAUAGUCCGGACGAGGAGGAAUGGAAGAAAACGAUCAUGGUCGGUACUGAUUAUCAAGCAGCGAUACCGGAAGGCUUGUGUCGUUAUGACGAUGCAUUGCCAUACGAAAACGAAGAUAAGAUGUUGUGGAAUCCCAGCCAUAUAUCUGAAGAAGAUACGGAAGAGUUUCUAGAACGUGCGCAACUUCCAGCGGUAAAGGGCGGCUCAUUGCCGGCUGGCUCUCACAUUAGAGAUGACGAGCAAGCUUUGUAUCUUCUCUUGCAAUGCGGUUAUAAUCUCGAAGAAGCAUUGCGAAGGCGUCGAAUGAACGUACUUCCUCCCACGGAUGCAGUGAGCCUUUGGUCAGAAGAAGAAUGCCAUAAUUUUGAAACUGGAUUGCGUACUUAUGGAAAAGAUUUUCAUCUUAUACAGAAAAAUAAGGUGAGAACGAGAUCGGUCGGAGAAUUAGUACAAUUUUAUUAUUUAUGGAAAAAGACAGAACGACAUGACAUAUUUACAUACAAAGCGCGAUUAGAAAAGAAAAAAUAUGCUCUACAUCCCGGUAUCACCAGGGACUAUAUGGAUCGAUUCCUCGAGGAGCAAGAGGGAGUGCGAGAUCGUAGCAGUUCGCCGAACGUACACUGUUUGCUGUACGGUGAUACCAAGCGACAAAGAUCGAGCUCUAGUGUGACCAACAAUGACGAGUCUAAAUCGACAGAUGCUUGGGAUGGAAAUGCGAUUGAUCCAUUGGCGGAUGCUAAUGGUCCAACGCCUCCGCCGCCACCACCUCCUCCACCACCACCGCCUUUGGUAACAUCAGCUGCGACUACCGUGUCUUCGUCGAUGUGCAAUUCUAGCCCUUUGACUACACCGACGUAUUGUUCGUCGUCGAUUCGUCAUCCAGACUGUCCUUCGUCCGAAUCGGGUUGCGUCAAUCCCGUAACGUGGAGUGGUCUAGGAUCCCGAAGUCAACCUACCUCUUCCGUUAUCACGACGAUAACGAUUAAUACCACCACAGCCACUACAUCCGCAACGAUGGUCACAGGUCUCGGCUCAACGAAUACAGUUACCACUAGUUCCACCGUCCCUGCCGUCACCGCUGUUGCUACCGCUGUCUCCAAUAACUUCUAUCAUCAACGAGUAACAUCAUCCAGAAGUAAUGAUUCGCAUGACACGCCCUCACCCGAAAACAUUUUACCUCAUCUGCCCCCUUAGCAUCUAACUCGACCUUCAGGUGCUCAUCCUGAAAGGCGACGGAUGUCUUUACGUGGUGUGCCUAAUUCGGCGCUCGCACCAUCGCUAUUAUCGUAACGCAUAAUAUUCGUUAAUAUCAAGGAUUAUAUUUUUAUACUGUAUCGCGCGUAAUAUAAUUAUUAAUCGUUCUUAGCGCGAGUGCGCGAUGUUGUAUAGUGGUGCGGAAAACAGACGGACACGCUUUUGCGUGAAAGACUAGAGUAUAUUCAUAUAUACAUAUUGUAAGAUUAAAGAUAAAAAGAUAAACGCGAUAAAAACGAGCGGAGGUCACUAUAACUUUCUCUAUUUUUCUUCUUUAUGUUUAUGAACAUAAAUAUUCCGUACGGAAAGAAAAAUGCAUUUUGAAAGAGACUCGUUUGAAAGCGCCAGUAUUUGACAAAAGUGGAAUAGUAUUAUACCGUGAUUGUAAAUUUUCAUAGAUAAAUCAUUGUACUGCGUAAUAAGUAAUUAUUAUUCAAUUUAUCCAAGGCAUAUUUGUCUUCGGAUUGGCAAUAAAUUUGUAAAAAGUAUGGAAUUUCGCGGAUUUCAGUCCGUGGGAUCUCAUAAAUGUUGGUAUGAUCAAGUUAAAAUGAAAGUCAAUAGAAACAUGGUCAUUAUUAUUUUAAUGUAAAGGAUAUGCAUUGCGAUCCUAAUGAUUUCUUUUCCCUCAUUGAGUAGUUGGGCUGUGUAUACAAAUCAUAGUUUAUAUUUUCACGUUUUCCUAGGAAACUAAGAAACACAAAAUAUUUCUAAUUUACUGAAUAUGCAUUACAUUAUGUUUAAUCAUUUAUAAAUAGUGUUGAUAUAAAAAAGUACAGGAUAAAUUA